AUGACCUUUGAGGCUAGCGAUUCUCUUCAAAGCCUCCCAAAUUUAUUCAAUGCAUUAGAUAGUGUUCUCAGUAUACACUAUGCAAGCAGUAUAACUGUUCCAAAGGUUCAUGACUUGUGUGAGAAGGCUACUCGCCUCACGAAAAGACGGGUAGAUAUAAAUACCAUAGAACAAAUACUAGGCUAUGAUCUGCAGGUGUACCAAAUAAUAUACUUUGGCUCAAACUCUUUCGACUAUGGUAUGUGUAGUCCAAAGGGAUUGUCUCCACUUCAAUUUGGUGCUUUGCUACCAAGCCGCAGAAUCUCUUUCAAAGAGCGCGUUUCCUCUUUUCGUGAUGCCCCACCCAUUGUUAAGCUAUCCGAAGUAGCAGUUCCAUUCCUUGAUACAACUCAAGGUGUCUCCUUGGGCAGGCUAGCUAGUACAUCAUUGAAGAGACAAGGUAAUUCCCUGUGUCUCGUCACCAAAUCACCCAAAGAUACUCGCAUUUCAUCGAAAAGUAUCCUGAGCCUAACGGAAAAUUCUGCACUUCAUUCGUGUUUGGUUGAAGGACUCUCGCUAAUAGAGCGCAUAAAACAAAAGGAAAGAAAAAACAAAUUAAACUCACUGGGUAAUACAAUCAAAGAAAACCACGUACGCUAUAUCAGAAGUAAGGUUCCUGUGGUGUACGAUAUACUUUAUGAAUUGACUCUGAUGAAUGCAGGUGAACAAAAACCUUUCAAAACUGUUCCCACAAGAAAGUUGAUAUCGAUCAUUAAAGACUCACUCUCGUACUCAAUGACUGAUGAAGAAAUCAGUGACACUAUCCAUGAAAUAGCACGUGUCCUACAAGAUAAGGUAAAAGUUAUACAGGUUGGUGAAAUCCAUGCAAUCAAGAUAUUUCCUCUAAACCGCAACCAAGAUUUAGAUAAGAUCAACAAAACGGAUUAA